ACGCCAUCCUGCAUGAGGUCAUGCGACAUCGACUACCUGCCCCUAUUGCCCUACCUCACUGCGCGACCAUAGACACGACAGUUGGUGGUUAUGACGUCCCAAAAGACACGAUGGUGAUGUUUAACCUGUACGGACUCCAUCACGAUCCAGCAUACUGGACUGAUCCUGAGAAGUUUGAUCCAACACGGUUUCUUGACGAGCAUGGCUCCAUCAGGCCCAAGAUGCCUAGCUUCCUCCCGUUCUCUGCCGGGAGACGUGUUUGCGUUGGAGAGUCCAUUGCUAAGAUAGAUCUGUUUGUGCUCUUCGCAUGUUUCCUACAGCGAUACAGCUGGAAUGAACUACCAGGGGAAGUUACUGACGUGGAACCGAAGAUUUCUGCGAUCGGAAUGGACAUCAAACCAUUUAGGGUUGUUAUAAAGAACAGGCUUUAAAUGUACAUGUCGCAAUCUAUGUGCAAGAAACACUAUUUCGUUAUAAAUUUAAUAAACAUGCAAUAACUCUUCUGUUAAACAAGCUACUUCAGGGAUGGCAAAAUGAAUGCAUGCCAUGAGUAUAGCGUU